AUGGGACUAUUACUGGACGACGAUGAAGACUGCACACAUCCACUCAAGAUGACAAGAGUGGAACCCACUGUUCCAAACACUAAUGCUGCUCAUACAACAACAACAACAACAACAAUUCCUACUAAUACUACUAUUACUACUACUGCAACUACUCCUAAUAGUAAUAGUAAUAAUAAUAUAUUGAGGGGAAAUCAAACGACAGCUCCGUUGGAAGUUCGCCGUCGUGGUGGUAACGGAAUUGAGAAAAUGGCCGCCUUCGCCUUCGGUGCCACCAACACUGUUGUGAAGAUCGCAAAUACUCCACCAUCACAACAGCAAAAACAACAGCAAGAAGAAGAAAACUCUGCUGUCAAUACCAAAUGUACCAAAUCACUGGAGUCCUUUUCCCCAUCACAGAAACAAAACACGGAGCCAAGUACAGUUGCCAAGACAGUUUUCUGUAGUUCUCAGACAUUUUCAGAAAUUACAGAAACAACUCCAAGUACUCAAAAUACUUCACGACAGACGGAGUUAACGAUUCCCUUAUCGUUAGGCAGUAUCAAUAGCAGUCAAGGAAGUUCUGCUGUACCUUCUGCUAAUUCCGUUUCUCGUCAAUUGUUUAAUGAGGGCGUCCAUACAAAGAGUCAGGCUAGUACUUUAUCUACAUCAUCAUCUUCAAGGACUAGCAAUGAGACUGUGCCAAAACCAAGAGGUCAGAUGAAACUAUCAGACUUUUUCACAAAGAUGGCCUGUACUAAAAAAAGAGAAUAG